AUGGCCAAGGAGCAAUAUCUGGAUUCCGGUUCUUCUUUGUCUGAUGCUCUUUACUGUGAAGAAGAAGGAAAAUGGGGUGAAGUUGAAGAAGCAGAAGAAAAAGAGAGUGAAAUUAUUUUCAAUAAUCAUUUUAAUGGCAAAAUUUUUUAUGUUUUCUCGGGGCUGUUAAUGGAACAAGAUCUGUUCUGGGAUGAUGAUGAACUUCAAUCUCUGUUUUGCAAAGAAAAGGAAACCUUCUCUGAAUCAACAAAUAUUGUUGAAAUCGAAUUUUCUCCGUGUCUUGCUCGAAAACAGGCUGUGGAAUGGAUCUUGAAAGUGAAUGCUCAUUAUAGAUUUUCAGCAUUAACUGCAAUUCUUGCAGUUAAUUAUCUUGACAGGUUUCUUUACAGCCUUCAUUUUCAGAAAGAUAAGCCAUGGAUGAUUCAACUUGCAGCUGUUACUUGUCUUUCUUUGGCUGCAAAGGUCGAAGAAACCCAUGUUCCUCUCCUCUUAGACCUUCAAGUGGAGAAUACAAAUUAUAUGUUCGAGCCGAAAACUAUUCGAAGAAUGGAACUUUUAGUGCUUUCUGCACUCAAAUGGAGGAUGAAUCCAGUGACCCCUCUUUCAUUUCUUGAUCAUAUGAUAAGAAGGCUUGGCUUAAAAUCCUAUAUUCACUUAGAAUUUCUAAGGAAAUGUGAAAAUUUCCUCCUCUCUAUUCUGCCUGAUUCAAGAUUCGCACGUUAUUUGCCUUCCGUUGUAGCUACUGCAACCAUGCUUCGCGUUAUCCAUCAAGUUGAACCUUGCACUGCCGUUGACUAUAAAAACCAGCUUCUUGGGAUUCUCAAAAUAAACAUGGAGCAAGUGAAUGAUUGCAGUGAGCUUAUGUCAGAGACAUCAAAGACUGGUUCAGGCAGAUUUUGUGAAGUUCCUAGCAGUCCAAAUGGUGUAAUGGAUGGAUUAUUCUUGAGUUCCGAUAGCUCAAACGAUUCGUGGGAAGUGACAUCGUGCAUUUCUUCUUCGUGGUCGUCGAGUCAUCGGCCACUGUUGAAGAAAAGAAGGGUUGAAGAACAGCAAAUGAAACUGCCAUCACUGAGCAGAGUUUUUGUCGAUGCUGCUGGGAGCCCUAAUUAA